AUGGGACGCUUUCGAUACCAUGAAGAGGACGACGGUGCCAACGAUGGGGAAGAGGAUCAGUUCCGCACGGAACAAAGUCGUACCAUUGGCAGUUCAAAAUCCUGGCGCAGCAACCCAGAAUGGGAGUUUGUUGCUCAAGGAGUGAGUGAACAGGGUGCUCUCGUAUCUCGAGAUAUUGAUCAACGGACCGCAAGGGUCGAGUCGACGUCUAAUUCGGCGAACAUGGAAAACAAUCCGUUUGGACCGUCCGAGAGCAAUCACAACCCACUGUUUUCCAACACUCGACCCACCUUCAUAGUCCUGCCACAAUCGCAGUCAAUAGCGGAGGGAGAUGGUUCGGAAUGGUGCGAUGAUUAUAGCAACAACCAGGAUCCAACACUUUGGAGAAGAACAUAUCCGGGAUCCGUCUGGAUACCCACAUGGGUACGAACGAUUCUACUCGCAAUGGUGGUGCAGCUGGCCUUGUUUGGAAGCAGUCGCUACGGGCCUCCCGCUCCGCCACUACCAAAUACCAUUGCAGACGAUAGUACGAUCACCGACACGGAGCCAACAACAUGGAACGAUUAUGUGUCGCUUCACGGCUUCCAGCUGUGGCAAUCCACGCGGGCUCUGUUCUUCGACACACCGCUGCACCUAGCCGGUUGGGGUUGGAUGCACAUACAUACCGAGCUACGUGAUCUAUACCAAGACUAUCGCGGGACCUCUCGGUGGAAUUCUCGUCCGCGGCCCUGCUCUCUACGGAUCUCGUCCGACAUAAACUUGUGGAAAGCGUUCGAAUCGUCCAUGGUGGGACAACCUUUGGCGGUGCAGAUACUAACGGAACGGGUUCAAACAUGGAACCGCGACAGUCCCUUGCUAUUCUUCGCGACCGGAGGAAUAGGGGAAGGCAAACAAACUGCGCUCAUCCAUUUGGCUCGUCACGUCUUAAUGCCCCACUGUUUCAAUGCCGUGGAACAUUCGAGCGAGGCCCAAUCCGAGGCCGUCUUAUUACUGUUGGACGGUCAAGACUUUCUCGUUGACCAUGAAGCACUGCGUGAGACACUUCAAGCCAAGCUCGCGACCCGUAUACUGCGACAUGUGAAAAAAAUGCAGGAAGGGAGUAUCAUUCUCUUAAAAAACGUGGAGCAUAUGGAACCUUCAUUGCUAUCUUGGCUUUUGCAUGAAUUGGGAGAGACUGGCUACAACGAUUUGCAGACAUCCACUUGGCAACUCAGGAAGCACUGUCGUCAAAGCGUCAUAAUGUUCACGUCAACCGAAAUUGGACGCAUGGCGAUUACGCAGAGCAUCCGAACUCACGGAACGUCCGAGAUUUAUUCGCAAGCCUCACUUGUCCUUGAUGUUGGCCAUGAAUUAAUGCGUCAUCUUGGCGGGCGUGCACUUGAAUGGCCAGCAAUUGUGCCGUUCUUUCCAUUGACACAAAAAGACCUGUCAGCCAUACUCGACGCCAGAGUCAGGCACCACAGCACUACGUACGCGGAUACGCAAUGGCGAACGUUCUCUUUGACGAGCUCCUUAAAGACUGCCUUAUUAGAACCUUCGUCGCAAGUGGAAUACGUUGCUUGGAAAGGUCGUCAAGGAUCCGAUCCCGACGCCACCACGAUGAGUUUCACCUUUUCGUCCACCGGCGCCCAAGUGCUGGGCGAAGGUGGUCCGGUCUGGAUCAAGAUACAAGCGCAAUUAAACCGCUGUGUAUUUAGCCGACCACUCAAAAAACGUUCGGAUCAGGAUGUUGUGAUGGACUACGAUGCGCGGAUACAGAGAGGUAUGGUGCAGCAAUGCGAAUACGACGGGGCCUGUACCGAGUUGUGUCGGUUCCCAAUUCACACUCCGAGCUUGUCAACAUACGGAUUUGGCAACUAA